AUGACAUUUCAGCGGCUACCUCUGCGGAGCGGUUGUGGAGACUGAGAAGUGUUUUGCGCUCGUCAGUUGCUGCACCUUGCUAUAAAGCGGUGCGUGCCUGGAUAUUUAUGAAUGCAGAUGUUUUCUUGCAACGCCAUGCAAACUUCUUUCGAAGUGUCGCUAGACAUGGAAAUCUUAAACAGUACCAUUUAAUCCGGACUGCAAAUAAAGAUGUACAAGAGAAUCAGAAAAGAUUAUACAGUGAAGCUUUCUACUGCAUGCACUUAACGUAGGGAAAUCUUGUCAGUGUUCUAGAGUUUCCUCUAUUUCUGUCGCAGUUCAGCGCAAUGGAAACUACCUGGAACCAGGUGAAUGCCUCUCCCUUCACUAACUCCGCGGUACCGUCUGCAUCUUCGGUGGAAUCGUCGGGCUCCUUCAAUGAGAUCCUCGUCACUUCCUUGCUUGGGACCAUCCUGACCGUGAUGUGCUUGGUUGGGGUGGUCGGCAAUGUUUACACACUGGUCGUCAUGAACAUCUCAGUGAGGGUAACUGGCUCAAUGUACGUUUACAUUGUGAAUUUAGCCCUGGCUGACUUGCUGUACCUGUCCACUAUCCCCUUCGUUGUGUGCACCUAUUUCGUCAAGGACUGGUAUUUUGGGGACAUCGGCUGCCGGAUUCUCUUCAGCCUGGACUUCCUCACCAUGCAUGCCAGCAUCUUCAUCCUCACCAUAAUGAGCACUGAAAGGUACCUCGCCGUGGUGAAGCCUCUGGACACGUUUGGGAGAUCCAGGCACUAUCGAAGGACAGUUACCUGCGCCGUUUGGAUGGUGUCUUUUCUGCUUGCCCUCCCCACUAUGAUUAUGAUCGAUCUGAAGACGAAUGUCCAUAACGGGGUGGAGAAGCGCAUGUGCCACCCGACUUGGCAGAUCAAAGCCUAUAAGGUGUACCUGACUGUCCUGUUCAACACCUGCAUCUUGGCUCCGGGGAUUGUCAUAGGUUUUUUGUACAUCCGUUUAGCCAGGACUUACUGGAUGUCCCAGACCACCGUGUUCACCACGAAGGAAAUGAAUCGGUGCCCCAAACAGAAAGUUCUCUACAUGAUCUUCAGCAUCGUUCUGACCUACUGGGCAUGUUUCUUACCGUUUUGGUUGUGGCAGCUGCUAAGCAUCUAUUAUUUUGGACAUGGCAAGCUGUCCCACAAGACAAUGGUUUAUAUCAAUUUUAUAGUGACCUGUCUGGCAUACAGCAACAGUUGCAUUAAUCCAUUCCUCUAUACUUUGCUGACCAAGAACUACAAAGAGUACCUGAAGGGGCGACCGAAGAGCUGUGUGGGCUUUAAGAGGAAAUUUAACCGGCACUCGUCGCAAAGGUCCGUGUCCUCUGGUAGUCAUCCUUACACAGAGACACUGACUAUCAUGCACUUGAAAGGGGUUACAGACGCCUGCAACGUCUGAAGGUUCCCUCAACGGUGGUAAUCUUUUCCUAUACCGUAUAACGUUCAGUUCCAUCUGGCCCGUUGACUACAUUUUGAGCAAAUUCCAGUGAUAAUGAUCUUCUUUGAGGCUAGGGAAAGGAUGGCAGGAAAUGUUCUCCUUAACUGUGACAAAACACAACUGAGAAUCUUAAAUUAAGCAUAACUGGCACCUUGAAGCUAUGGAUCAACUGGACCUUACAGGCUCUCUGAGGUUAAAAUGCAAUCUAACAUCACUGACCAGACAUUGGAGGUCUGGAAUCCAUUGAAUUUUUUUCUUGAGAAGUAUACAAGAAGUACUCUGCUCAAGAAUGCAUUCCUUAGAACUUUGUGUUCAAAAGAUGAGGAAAGAUUUCAAGUGUAAACAAAAUUACAGGAAUGCGCUCUGUGCAAUAAAAGGGAAAUUCUGCAUUGUGUCCAGUUUUGUGGGUUCAUGAAAAUAUGACACAUGAGAUAUUACUUCAGGAACCAAGUAAUAGCAUCUGUAAUAUUGAUAUGCAUCUCGUUCUCCAGAUCUGGAUGAGAAGAAAAUAAAGAAGGAAAGAAAGACUGGAUUCGACUUUAUGUAUGGGGCUUUAUUCAUUUUUCACUUUAACUAAUUUCUAAAUGUUUUAGCCUAGACACUGUAGGCUAUACUGUAGGUAGACAUCCAUGAAUUCAAGACAUGUAAAUCAUUUUAGAAGACGUUUUAAGAAAACAGACAUCAAACAACAUGUGACCACUGGAGGGGAGAAAACGUUUUUCUGUGAAGAAUGCCCAUAAGGUCUAGUUUGUGUAAGAGGACAGUGUUCAAGGCACAAGUUCAGUUUUGGUUGAGUAAUGUGAAAUUCUGUACCUUAGCCCAUUGUCCACCUUUAGGAAAAGAUAGGUGAAUGAUACAUGAUUUCUUCUCAGCCAUGACAGUAUGGAAGAGAACAUGAUUAAUGAUUACUAGCAUUUACAUCCUAUUUUUUUUAAUUUGAACUGUCAACAAAUCUUUGUAUUAAAUUUUUCUUUGUGCCAAAAAACACAAAUUUUCUAUUAAUUAUUAGUUUUAUGAUAUACAGUCAUUUUACAAAAGUCUGUCUUUUGGUAAUGUUUCAAACUUAAAACAUUACUUGUGAUAUAUGCCAUUAACGGUCUCUCCAUUCCAAAACAGUCAUGUUUUCAAAAUGGUUAAUGUAUAAUUGUUUCAAAUGAAUGGUAACAUAAUGAAAUUAAUUCAUUAACAUUAAGAGGGUUAAACGCUCUCAAAUGAAAUUUAAUAACAGUGAGGAUACAUUACAGUUUCAAACUGUUUUUAGCUUAUACCAUACUACCCAAUCUAUAGUAAUUUAUUUUGUGUACUGUAUGUAUACUGUAUAUAUUUUGCAAAAUUAGCUAUGCCAGUUUGUGCUUUUUUCUUAAGUUUAAAAUUUAAAUCCAUUUAAAGUCACAAGCCAUCAUUGCAUCACAGAGCAUUUGGUUGUUAAACAACGUUGCAGACUUAGACUUUCAUUACCUAAGCAUUGAUACAGUAGUUUACUGUACUGGUGACACUAAUAUAUAAUAAUAUAUUAAACAUAUACUGAAGUACAUUCAAUUGAACAUUAUUUAACAUCAGCGAAGUAAUUACGAUCUUAUAUAUUUUGAUAAAUAUAUCUUUAGUUUCUGAAAUGGUUUUCUGGUGUACUUUGAUAAUCAACAUUCCUAGUAUUGUCACUUUGCUCUACAUAAUACAAACAUCAGUUGCACAAUAAAAAUAAUGGGAUAAAUCUUUUUAUAAAAAUAGAGCUAAUAUGUUAGUCAGAGCUUGUCCCACAGAUAUGGUUAUGUCACCUGUGAAUAUUUGUCCACAGCUUUAAUGAUAGCAAUCAUAUUUCCAGGAAGAUGCAGCUGGUGUGCCCAUCCAAUCUACUUAUCAUUAUCAAUUAAGUUAAAAAUGCAUCAGGCCUCAUUUGGCUAUGCUUUUGGCCAGGAGGAACCAUUUGAUGUCAAUGACCCGGAGAAUCUUGUUUUGCAUACAAAUUUUGAACCAUAGACAAAAACAGGGUGUCUUUGUUUUCUAAAGAGACGGGAAUCUAUAACCACAUCUAACAAUCAUUGUUCACCCCCUCAGUUGAAUGCAUUUUGUUUCUAUGAUUUCAUAAAACAAAGAUAGGUGUUGAGUUUCAGUGCAUUAAGAACAGCUUUUCUUUGGAAUUUGUAUAAUGCUCACCAGCAUAUUAUGCAUAGGUUAAAGUCAUCAUCGUAAGAGAUAUGUGGUAUAUAACUGUAGAUACUGAAUAUUUCUGUUUCUGUGUACAUUAGCCUGUUCCAAAAAUACAGCAUCCUGUGGUGCAUUAAGAUCUUAAAUACAUGUAAUCCACUUUGUGGACACCUAGGAUUUGCAGGUAGUAGAUGCUGUACAGUAUGUAGUCCAGCUCCUAAAUAUUUGAAGUGCUAACACAAAUACGCAAUGACAUCAAUGGAAGACAUUUAGGCAACAUUCGCAGAGGUAGUGACCCACUGAAUGUAGAAAUCUGUUUUUGGUCAUUGCUUGACAAUCAGUAUCACUAGAGCCUCUAGUACACAUUUUUAUCUAAGUGUAAAUUGAACAAUAAAAAGUCCUAAUUAAACAGUGAUGCUCUUCAUCAUCCUGUCCUGCACAUACUGUACCGGGAUAUAUAGUCAUUUAUUCUAAUUGAUUGUAAAACUCCUUAACAUGCUGUUUAUUUACAACAAAUCGGAUUAGGAGCUUUUUCCUGUGAAUGAUAGGUUUACCGGACCUAACCGCUUGUUUUGAAGUGCUACAGGGUUUUUUGAAAAUUAAUGGGCAUCCCCUGCAGUUCUUAAAUCACACUGAGAAACGUUGGCAGUUUAUCAAUGAUGCCAUUAGCCAGCGCUUUUACAAAGCUUGUGAUAAAAGAUGACCUUCACAUGCACUUUGUUUGUUAGGAUAACGAGUGUUGAUCUUGAAAACCGUGUUAACUCUGUUAAGUAAUAUUCACUUUUUUGCAACAUCGUAAAAAGGUGAAACAGUGGUGAAAAAUAAUAAUAAUAAUAACAUGUUCCAAAAUUCAUCAGACGUUGUGACAAUAAGGUCAUGAUGAUGUUCAGUUGACGUCACAGAUGUACUGUUUAUUUAAUUAAUUUUCCACUAUGGAUCAUUGUUAAGCUUAGGAAACAAAAAUCUUAAUUUAAAUUCUGAAGUCCCAUUUUACAAUAAACAAAAGCAACCACAAUACCUGUUUUAAUUUUUGUGUUCUAUAUUAAAUAUUAAUCAUCUCAUUUAUCAUGUUUCAGAACUUAAAAAUAACCAAAAGAUUUAUACAUAAGACAGAGUAACCUCAUGGGAAUUCUUAACUGUCUGAGCACAGAAACUUGUUUCUCUGUUAAUAAAUGCAUCCCCAGUGCUUCUGCUAUAAAUAUAUGAGUUGACAGAGGAAUUUUGGAAUUGUAUAAAACCCCAUUCAUUUUCAUUGCAAACCUGGAUUUGUUAUUCUUUGUUUAUCCUUUAGUUUAAUUAUACAAUACUUUUUGUCUAUUUCUAAAUUGUAUUUGUGCUUAUUUAUUGUAAUGAAUGUGACAUUUGAGCAAAAACAAUACUGAAUUUAUUGUAUUUUUGCACCUGUUUACAGCAUGAGGGAUUAUUUUGUAGUUUUGAAUACUGUUGCUCAGAAUUACGCUGUAUUUGUACUGCUUAUUUUCAAUAAAUGGAUUUGUUUGUGCUGUA